UCAGUCAACAGGGACUUCACGAAAAGCAAGAACAAACCGGCAAACGCAAAGCAAAUCAAUAAAUUGAAAGUGUUAUGCCGCCAAUUUUUAAUUAUUGUAAACAUAAUCAUCGCUUAUUCCGCAAUGGCGCCGCCGAUCAACAGUUAGACAAAACGGAAACUUCCAGUGAUGCAAUCAUAAACAAGAAUGUAGAUGUUUCGCAUAAAAAAUCCAUCAAGUCGCCUAUUGACACCGAUAAAAACUGUAUUGUUAACGACUACAACAGCAUACGUUUGUAAUUCAAAAGAGAAUUCCAUUAUUGAUAACAGCAGCAUAUCCAUGAAUACCAACUCUCCCUUUCGCUACAUAUACCUGCAAAAAUAGCUAAAAAGUCACUAAAUUCAGAAGGAAUUUCGCUAAAAGUAGUAGCUAAAAUUUUUAAAAAAGUAUAAUACAUAUUCCAUAAUAGGUUUUGUUACUCAUCUUUUUUAAACUCAGUCUUCAUAAAAAUUAUAAAUAAUGUCCCAAUUUUUCUGCGGACCAUCAAAAAGGUUUUACGGACCACUGGUUGGCAACCGAUGGUAUAGAGGCGAGGACCGUUAAUGCUGAAGAACUGGGGACAAAGUCAUGGAAGGGUGUAAGAGGAAGAAUCAUAAUUUAUGGUAACUAAAAUGCAAUGAAAUGUAGAUAAGAGUAAAUGAGUGGGAAUAUGACUCCCAACUGAAAAUGAAAGAAAAACGGAGCAUUAUUGGGACAAUAUGUGUGACAACGAUGGAAUGUGUUUAUGGCUUAAAGUAGAUUUAACUGAUAUUUUUAUAUGCGAAAGAGUGUGAUCUUCUGAAUCGCAGUGAGUCUUGACAAUGUUUAACAGAAAGAUGAGAUCUGAUUGCAUUGUUUAUGAUGUAGAAGCCAUCUGUACCAGAAGCCGCCUGUAAUUUGUCGAAAGAUCUUGUCCUUGAAUGACAUAUUUUUUUCGCCGCAUGACGCCAGACAGAGGAGGCGUAAUUGAGAGCAGGUCUGAGCAGUAACUUAUACAGUAUAAUUUUAUUGCUGAUGGAAAAAUCGCUAAGGCUUCCGAAGAGAGGUUGCUUAUUGCAGGGGUGCUUCCUUAUCAUAUCAUAGCGGCCCCCAAGAUUGAAGCGCUAAUCAACCAAGAUAUCUCGUCACGUGUUAUACCUGGCUCCAAGUUACAUCUCGAUUGUUUAGCGAUUAAAUUUUAGGGGCCGCUAUAAUAAGGAAGUACCUUUUUCUGCAACAGUCUUUACAUGAUAGCUGAAGGUAAAUUUGGAAUCAAGAAUCAUUCCAAAUUUACCUAUGUGUACGGAAGGUAAUUUGGCUUCCGUAUAAGUAAGGCUUUCCGUACAUGUGUACUAGUUUUCUAUUAAAGUCAUAAAAUGAAUUAUCUUCAAUCAUCAGCGAUUUCAAGAACUAUUCCUGUUUGUCUUGUUUGAAGAUUUUGAGCUCUAUUUUAAUUCUAUUCCAUAAUUGAUUAUAUUGAUGCUUCCAGUCUGAGUUGAGUGGUUUGCCUUCGUUCUUUUGCUUUAUAAACUCCUAGAGUUCUUUUAGCAAGCUUUGAGGAGAUCUUGUCUGCUUCAGAAAAUUUAGAAAUUGCGAACUCUGAUAUUUCAAGAUUAAAUCUUGAGCAGAGAUUAGAAAGUGUGCAUUAGCCGCGAGCUUUUCAUGAAUGAACAUAUGAAGACUAUUAUUAUAUAAGUAAUCUAAUAUCACUGUAAUUGAAAAAAAAAAUUUUUUGCCACUUAUUUUAUCCUUAUGAAGACUUACCUUCUCGCCCAGUCAACUUUAUUCAGAAUCAAGUUAGUUUCCACCACAUUUUUCAUGAAUCAAAAGUUAUGAAACAAAAUGCUGACUUUAAAAUGGUUUCUAAAAUCAGUAUAUCAAACCAUAUUUUGCCACGUGAGUAUGCGUACUCCUAAAAAAAGAAAAGAUGCUUUUAUUGCAAAAGUUAAGUUAAUGCAAAGAUUGUUUAUAUUUAUCUGUUUCAAAUAGUUACAUAAGUUUCAAAUCAAAUGUACCGAAAAAUAAAAAGAAUGUUACAUUCCAUCUUCACAGUACUUGACAGUAAUAAGCUGGAAAAUCCAGACAAUUCAUCGCAAACUUCGCCUUUCGCAGCAGAUAAUUUUCCAAAUAUCUAUAUCAAUAACCCACUGGAAAAUAUUGCAACGGAUGUUGAGCAUAUAGAAUUCAAUAACUUGAAGAAAAUUUUAACGUCAAAUAAAAUAAAGCGUUCCUUCUGCCGGAGUGGUGGAUAUAAUACUCGCAAACUUUCGCCUAUAGUGGAGGAAAAUAUUGACGAAGAAAUGGCCGCCCAGUUGGAAUAUUCUAUGGAUUUAAAUAAAUACCGAAUAUCGGAAGAACCUCCAAAGGUAAUAGAAGAUUACACGAAGAAAAGAAGUACUACCUGUCAACUGUUCGGGGAAUCAAAGGAAAGACUCAAUAUACCUGUUUCUCCACCCAUGAAUGACGUUGAAUUAAAGAGAAUACUGCAAGAAUUAACUCUUUUUACAAAAUUCAAAACAGGAUUCUUAAAGACUUAGUCUCACAACACAGUUAAUAUAUCAAAAAUAAGUUUAUUUCGUAUUUCUCUGAAAAAGCUUUACACAAUAUAGCAACUUAAAUCGUGAUAUUUUAAUCAUUUAUUUCUUGAAACCAAAAUAGCUUAUGCACAACGCAGAUGUUAUCGAAUAUUUGGCUUGUGUUUGCAAACCCGCGGAUAUUUUGUAAGUUGCUUUUUCAAGUAAUUUUUCUGUUUUAUUAAAGUAUAUCAAAAAUGUAUCCUA